UUUUUUUUUUAAAUGAUUACUUGAGUGCAUUAAAUUUGAUUUGCUGUAAUCCCUUGUUUGGUUGCUUAGAAACCUAGACCACAGAACAAUUGGCAUUUAGUUUUUUCAUUUUUGUUGGACUAUAGGCUCUUUCACUGGUUAUUUUUAUUUUUAUUUUUUAAAUGAUUAAUUGAAUGCAUUAAAUUUGAUUUGCUGUGAUCCCUUGUUUGGUUGCUGAGAAACCUAGACCACAGAACAAUUGGCAUUUAGUUUUUUCAUUUUUGUUGGACUAUAUAUCUAUGUAUCUCUCUAUCUAUCUAUCUAUCUAUCUAUAUAUAUAUAUAUAUAUAUUUUUUUUUUUAUUUUUUUUUAUUUUUGGAUAAGUAUCUCUCUAUCUAUAUAUGAAGAUACAAUAUUCAGUUUCAUCUCUCUCAUUCUACAGUAUUCAGUUUCAUCUCUCUCACUCUUACUUUCUCUUUUCUUUUUCUCUCCCUCCGUUGGUCUAUUUAUAGGCCAAGACCCUCUUUUGCAGUUAACCAAUUACAUUGGGCUUAUAGCCCAAAGUUCUCUUCCUUCUGGGCUGGGUCUUGUAAUGGGCUUGACCUUCCUCGGUGGACCCCCCACGUUUGGCCCACUCCAGGGUGCUUUGACAUGGAUCCUUCUUCAAUCAUUCGACCCGAUCUCGUUUCCGCGAUCCAUAUCCGGCCUAUGCCACUUGCCGCAUCCUCAACUGCCCCCAUAAUUACCCCUUAUUGAUUAGGGGGUAAUUAUUAGAGGCUGCUAAUGAUGACCUGACGGCUCGAGGAGAUCGUGUGGGAGAAUAGACGGUUAGAUCUAGGGGUCGGCGCUUCGAGAUUCAAAAAGACAACUCAUUGCUUUCCUGACUCCUCGGCUCUCGGGCUUAUCUCGUCUUUAUAAGCUCCAUCAACUCCCCAUCGAUCCUCUUUACCGUCUCCAUCUCUCCUUUUGCUGCUUGAAUCCUCUCCGGCGAUCUCUUGCGAAAGGUUUUCCUUCCAGUGGCUUUGCAAUACUUCUCUGCCAUCUUCACUCUCUAAGGUUAGUUUCAUUUGCAUUUUUCUUUUGGAAGACUUCUUUUCUCUCCCCGGAAUCCUCAUCCACUCACAUCAUGACAGUAGAUCUAAACGUUCUUCGCAUGAAGCUUCAACUUCCUGAUGAUGUAGAAAUUAGAAACUGCCCCCGGGAAGUGAAUAUUAGAACCGGUGCUGGCCUUCUUCCCUGCGAGGCCUUGUUUUCACUCCUCCAUCUCAAUCUCCUUAGAUUUCCUCUACAUCCUUUCUUUUGCUAUGUUUUUAACAAGCUAAAUCUUUCCCCUUUACAAGUAAACCCCAAUUUCCUUAGGAUUCUAUCCGUUAUGCUACUCCUGAUCCGUGACAGAGGUCUGGAUCUGGACCUCGUAGAUCUCCUCCUUUGUUACAAGGUCAGCAAGAUCAGAACGGACAAACCAUUCUACCACCUUUUUCCCAUUGAGAAGAGGUCUAUCUGCACGGAUAAGAUCAAAUCUGAGAAAGGCUGGAGGAAAAACAUCAUUGGGGUUAGGGGAGCCUGGUUCUCUCCAGCUGCGGAGGGUUUCCCUAUCCCGAGCGCUUUCAGAGAGUGUUCUGUUUCUUUUUACAAAAAAUAUAAAAACCAUAAGAGUGACUGUCCUUGCGAGAUCUGCAUUCCUCGUUUUUGUUCUUUCUUGUGCCAUUCCUUAGGCAUUCCUUGUGAUGACUUGAGCUACAGUGUGUGCAGGGAUAUGGAUAACUACUUGAAGCGGUACGUUCUGACCAACGUUCCCUCUUGCUCGGACCUUCUCACCUCAGAUAAUCUCCUGGACAUCUCAGUCCUCGGCAAGACAAUGAGCCAACUCCAGAUCCCUUCCUUCGGUAGGAAGAAAUCUGCCCGCAGGCCUGCUAUCACUCCUGCGUCAAUCUCCUCUCCGGCUUCAGCAUCUUCUUCCGCUACUCUUUCUGACACCACUCCUUCCACCGAUCCAUCCGCGACGGCUGCUGACUCGGUCGCUAACACGGCGACUGCCAGCCCGAACGUUGCCCCCUCUGCCAACAAUCCUCCUGGCUCUACUGCUGCUUCUGCACGGGAAAAGGCCAGAGGAAAAAGGCAUCAACCUGACAGUGCUCUGAGCGCGGAUGACGUUCCCUUGUCUCAGAGGGUUAGGCCCUCUGGGCCGAAUGUGAUUUCCCUGGCGAGACCUCUUCAAGCUAGGCCCCCCACCCCUUCUGGGCAAGCCUCUGCUUCAGGAACGGCGCCAUGGAGCCCUCGCUUCAUCCGAACAGACGGAUCGUCUGUAAAGCCGACCGAGACCAUGUUCAAAGAUGGUCAGAUCGCGAUGGCCUACUACAGGAGUAUGUGGACUCCCAAGGACAUCGAGGUCGCCAAAGGUCUAUCUCAGAGGGAGGUGUUUAGCCGAUUCCCCCUGUCCGCCAUGGAGACCUUGUACGGGAUGAUGGCUAUGCAAAAACAAGUUGAACAGGUGAAUGCCAAGGUUCGCGCGCUCUCUGACAGCCUUAGCGCAGCGAACAAGGAGAACGAUAACUUAGUCGCUCAGAAGACCGGGUUGAUGGUUCAACUCGAUAAAACUGAAAAAGAGAGGGAUUUGCUGAGGAGAGAAACCGACUCUCUUCAGGAUGAGAGGAAUGUUCUCCAGCUUGAAAAGAGUAUUUGGCAGACCGAACGGGACUCCCUUCGGGCGGAGAAGGAAGAACUGCUUCGCCUUCUGAAUGACGAGCAGUCCGCUCGGAUGUCUUUUGAGAAGAGGGUCCUGGACGAGCGCAACGCUUUACUUGAUACCAUCAGCAGGGUAAAUGGUGGUAUGCUAGCUCUGCACGCUCGAUUCUCUAGAGUCGGGGCCCUCAGAUAUGCCCAGGGGUUCCGAGAGGGUUACGUCGACCGCAUCCCGGAUGAGGGUCAGACUGGCUCUAACCCUGAUGAUGUUGAUAAGGAUCUGGAUAUUGACCCUUCUGGUGUUUAUAUCGAUCCGGACUCAACCGCUGCCGAGGGGAUAUUUGAUGAAUGUCAGGAGAUUGCGUCUUCUCGGAUCAUUCCUACUCCUCCUGCCGCUCUGCCUUUGGACAUUCUCCCUGUGUCCGCUUUGACUCCAUCUACCGUUACUGCUAAAGAAAACCCUCAACAGAAUGAUUCUUCCAACGCUGCAGAGGGUAGGAUUCAACAGAACGAUUCUGUCAUUCAUCUUGAUUCUCCACCUCGUGAGGAUGGCGACACCACCAACAAUGAGGAGGUGGCCCAACAUCAUCAAGAGGCCGACGAGGCAAACGCCUCUUAGUUAGGACUUCUUUUUUUUUUUUUUUUUUUUGUUUUUUGUUUAAAUGUACUGACUUUGGCAUAUGUGCCAUCUUUACACCUUACUUUUUGUAACUUUCUUAAGCUUAUUUAAUGAGAGGGCCGACUCCUGAUCAAAUUUUUUGUGUCAACUCUUUUUUUUUUUUUUUUACUUUGCAAGUGUUUGGCGUUCGGCUCAUAGUGCCAGCUGCCACUUACUUUGCUUAAGUGCCUGGCGCUCGGCUGGAAUGCCUCUUGCCACUCGGCCUUUUAUUUUUCUUAGCAAAUGUUUGGCACUUGGCUCAUAGUGCCAAAUGCCACUUACUUUGCUUAAGUGCCUGGCGCUCGGCUGGAAUGCCUCUUGCCACUUGGCCUUUUAUUUUUCUUAGCAAGUGUUUGGCGUUUGGCUCAUAGUGCCAGCUGCCACUUACUUUGCUUAAGUGCCUGGCGCUCGGCUGGAAUGCCUCUUGCCACUUGGCCUUUUAUUUUUUUUAGCAAGUGUUUGGUGUUCGGCUCAUAGUGCCAGCUGCCACUUACUUUGCUUAGGUGCCUAGCGCUCGACUGGAAUGCCUCUUGCCACUUGGCCUUUUAUUUUUCUUAGCAAGUGUUUGGCGCUCGGCUCAUAAUGCCAGCUGCCACUUACUUUGCUUAGGAUUUUUAAAGAGGAGUGCAAUCUUUAUAAAUUUCAAAAACUCAUACAUUCAACUGUUUUCAAUUUAAAAUAAACAGAAUUCAGUACUGAAUCUCAACUUUUUAUUGAUAAUACCUCUUUAGAGAAGUAGCAUUCCAAGGCUUGUUUACCAGCCUUCCGGCCAUGGUUUUCAAGGUAUAUGCGCCUUUUCCUAUGGCCUCUGCAAUUCUGUAUGGGCCUUCCCAUGGUGGCAUCAUCUUUUUGACUAUCCCCACCUUCUUUUUCAGAACCAGGUCACCUGGCCUAAAGUCUCUGUGCUUUACUCUCCUGUUAUGGCUGUUCGCAAGUGUCUGCUGGAAAGAGGCGAGCCUUACCGCUGCUGCGUCUCUUUUUUCUUCCAGCAAAUCGAGGUUAAACCUUAGCAUCUUGUCAUUAUGCUCACGGCUCCAGGCCAAGCUUCGAACGGUCGGAACUAAGUGCUUGACCUGUAUAACUGCCUCUGUCCCAUACGCCAUGGUGAAUGGACUUUCUCCAGUCGGUCUUCUUGGGGUCGUUCUGUAGGCCCAUAGGACGUUCGGCAGUUCAUCUAACCACCUUCCUUUCCUUUCUUCUAGUUUCUUCUUAAUACAAGUAAAGAUUGUUCUGUUUGUAAUUUCUGCUUGUCCAUUGGCCUGUGGGUGACUUACUGCUGCCAGCUUUUGAUUAAUUCCAUACUCCUCCAAUAGCUCUCUUACCUGCUUACUGUCAAGGUUGGUCCAUUAUCCAUGACGAUUGACCUCGGAACACCGAACCGGCAAAUAAUAUUACUCCAAAUGAAUCGUCUAACAUGAGUUUGAGUAACGCUCGGGUAUGGCACUGCUUCCACCCACUUAGUAAAGUAGUCUGUAGCCAGCAACACAUACUUGUUCUAAGCUCUGGCAGUUGGUAGAGGACCAACUACAUCCAUCCCCCAUUACGCGAAAGUCCAUGGUGUGGCCAUUACAUGCAAGUCUUCAGGCGGUUGGUGAAUCAGUGGUCCGAACCUUUGGCACUUAUCGCACCUUCUGGACAAUUCUUCCGAAUCUCGCGACAUGUUUGGCCAGAAGUACCCUUGAGCCAUUGCUUUGUGUGCUAAUGAUCUCUCCCCUGAGUGGUUUCCACACACACCUUCAUGAAUAGCUCGUAAUAUUUGCCGAGCCUCUGUGGGGGUAACGCACUUUAAGUACGGUCCGGAAAAGGAUCUUCUGUACAACUGGUUAUGCACUAUGGCGUACUUUGCAGCAUUCGCUUUGAUUUUCCUAGCCUCAUUUCUUUGUUCAGGCAGAGUACCAUCUCGGAUGUAAGUUAUGAUCGGAUCAAUCCAGCUUGGCUCAUAUGGAAUAACAUUCACUUGCCAAGGAUCUGAGCUUGAAGGCUCUUCGAAAAUGGAUGGCUGUUUUAAAAUUCCCACUGGAACUACCCUUGCCAAUGUUUCUCCAGAACCCGAGGCGUUACAUGCUAGCCUGUCGGCAUCUCCGUUACACUCCCUCGGAAUUUGAAUAAAUUCAAUUUUUUCAAAGUUCUGUGCCUCCCGCAUAACAACAGAACGAUAUGCUUCCAUCGUUUUGUCCUUGGUUUCAUAUUCACCCCUCACCUGCCGAACGACUAACUGUGAGUCACUGAAAACAUUCAAAUUCCUGACCUUAAGUUCUUUGGCAAGCUUUAUUCCUGCCAGCAACGCUUCAUAUUCGGCCUCAUUGUUCGUGGCUGCGAAUUCAAGCCGAAGCGCUUGGCUUAAGGUUGUACCUUCUGGUGUCUGCAGUUUGAUCCCAACGCCUGCACCCAUCUGAUUUGAGGAUCCAUCAACGAAGAGUUUCCAUAAGCAUUUACAAAGAUCCUCCUCCACGUCUUCUGAAUCACAUUCUAGUAGAAAAUCUGCCACCGCCUGCCCUUUGACUGCUGUUCUAGGUUCGUAUGUAAUAUCAAAUGAGCUUAACUCUAUGGCCCACUUAGUCAUUCUUCCGGAGAGAUCUGGUUUGUGCAGGAUUAUUCUGAUAGGGAAAGUGGUUAGAACGAUAAUAGGAUGGGAUUCAAAAUAAUGCCUGAGCUUUCUUUUCGCAUGCACUAGCGAGAGUAUCACCCGCUCUGCCUUUGAAUAACGCCUUUCGGCCUCAGUCAUUGUUUUGCUAACAUAGAACACUGGGUAUUGCUUCCCUUCUGCGUAGCGGAUCAGAACGCCACUUGUUGCAAUGCUAGAUACUCCGAGAUACAGAAACAGCUUCUCGCCCGACUCUGGAGCUGACAGUACCGGAAGGUUCUGCAUAUAUUUUUUCAAAGCAGUUAACGCUAGGCGUUGUUCAUCUCCCCAAACCUACCUGCCGUGGCUUCGGAUUGUGUCAAAAAAUGGUUUGCAUCGAUCUGACAAUUUGGAAAUGAAACGACUCAGUGCAGCAAUCCGUCCCGUAAGUGUUUGCACCUCUUUGAUUAUUGUCGGCUCGGCAUUCUUAGUCAGAGCAUCUGCUUGGGCAGGGCUUGCCUCGAUCCCUCCGAGAUUAACCACGUGCCCUAGGAAUUGGCCUGAACUUACACCGAACGAGCACUUGGUCGGAUUGAGCUUCAUCCCAUACCGCCGCAAAACAUCAAACACGCCUCGAAGGUGCUGCACAUGAUCGGCUUUCUUCUUACUUUUGACCACCAUAUCAUCUAUGUAAGCCUCCACUGUCUUCCCUAUUUGUUCCUUGAAAAUCUUGCUAAUAAGCCUUUGGUAAGUUGCCCCGGCGUUCUUUAGUCCGAACGACAUAACUUUGUAGCAAUACGUCCCGCGUUCAGUAACGAAAGAAGUUUUUUCUUCAUCAGCGGGGUCCAUGGGGAUCUGAUUAUAACCCGAAUAAGCAUCUAAAAAGGUCAGGCGUUCAUAUCCAGUUGUUGCAUCCCCCAUCUGAUCAAUCUUUGGCAGUGGGAAGCUGUCCUUCGGACAAGCCUUGUUUAAAUUGGUAAAAUCAAUGCGUACGCGCCAUUUCCCAUUUUUUUUUUGUACAACGACCAAAUUCGAUAACCAGUCGGGGUAGUGCACUUCUCUUACGAACCCCGCAUCAAGCAGCCUAUCAACUUCCUCGGCAAUAAUUCGGUUGCGCUCGGGGGCAAACCGUCGCUGCUUCUGUUUUACAGGUUUUGCAUUGGGAUUAACGUUCAAGGAAUGACAAGAUACCGAAGGAUCGAUCCCGGGCAUGUCCAGGUGACUCCAUGCGAACACAUCUGCGUUUUGAGACAAAAAAUCAACUAAUUCCUGCUUUUCCUCCUCAAUGAGUCGUUCCCCUACUCUGGUUGUCCGUUCCGGUCGUAAUUGAUCGAUCUGCACAUCAAGCAAGGGUUCUUCAGUCAAGCCCUUUGGUUCCUCCUCUCCGUUCUGCCUGGAGGGAGGCUCCUGUAAUUGCUAUCUCGGGCUUACUGAACGAAUGGGAGCUUUCCCCUUUCUGGCAUGUUUCAGCGUUACAGAGUAACAUUCUUUAGUUGCAACCUGGUUCCCAUGAAUGUCAAUCACUUUGGUUCCGUUUGGUGCUAGGCAUCUCAUUACCUGAUGCAGAGUGGAAGGAACACCUCGAACCCUGUGGAUCCAUUCUCUGCCCAUCAGAAGAUUGUAGGAGGGAUGAAUUUCAACAACUACAAAAGUUUCCAUCAAAACUCUCUCGGCAGCAUGUACCGCUACCUCCACCGUGCCGACGGGCUCCACUCGCUUUCCAUCAAACCCUACUAGUGGAUUCCCGGUGGAUUUUAGCUGAUCCUGUUUGAUCUCGAGCCGAUCGAAUGUAUCUCUUGGCAUGAUGUUCGCACUACUUCCAGGGUCAAUUAGAACUCUGCGCACCAAGCAUUGGGCCACUGUCAAACUUACGACCAGCGGGUCCUCGUGAGGGAUCUGAACACGCAACAAGUCUGUCGCGUCAAACUUUAUCUGCGUUGAUGUGCUCUGCUUGUGCAGAGUGUUUACACUGCCUAUCCUUCUCUUCAUCCGUGCCUGACGAAGGCGUGUUCGAAGCAAUUCAUCUGAUUCCUCAUCAGGUUCUGGCCGACCGUGAAUUGCAUUAAUUACUCGAACUGGUUGCGUGUUGUGAGAAUUCGACUUCUAAUUCUUCUUCACAUGCUCCAUUGGCCGAUUCUGCUCCACCGCUGGUCCUUGAAUAUAACUUGCGAACUCCCCUCUGGCUAUCAGCAUCUCUACCUGUCUCCUGAGGUUCCUGCAUUCAUUAGUCUGGUGGCCAAAAUCAGAAUGAAAUGCACAGUUUUUAAACUGAUCCCUCCGUUCGAGAGGUUGCCUGAUUGGUAAAGGAGGUCGGAACUUAUCUUUAUUUUCUUGGUACAGUCUUGCUAGGGUAACUUUCAAUGGAGUAACCAGCUCUUCCUCUCUGGGCCUCUUCUCAGAUUUCCACGAGGAGCGUUGCGGUUGGACCUGUUUUUGCCUGAUCUUUGCUUUGGUCUUUUCUUCAGUGGAUAUAACAGAUGUCUUCCGAGCGUUUGCCGCCUUUUCUUCUUCCAAGCGUACAAAUCCAUCGGCUCUUUCGUUGAGUUCAUCCAUAGUCCUCGGCGUGUUGACCACCAAACUUGUGUGGAACGGGGUGCCACGAUUCAUAGCCAGAAUGAAUGCUUGAACUGCCGUUGAAGGAUGGCAUUCAAUAACCAUGCUCUUGGUAAGGUUAAACCUGGUUAGGAAAGCCUAGAGACGCUCUUCAGCGUGUUGCUUCAUUGUGAAUAGGCUCGAAAUAUCUUUCGCUGGACGCUUGUUUCCAUAGUAUUGGCUUAUAAACCGAUCGCACAGGCUUCGGAAACUAUCCACCGAACCCCUCGGCAGGUUCUUGAACCAAUUCAGAGCUGGUCCGGCUAGACUCGUAGGAAAGCACUUGCACAUCAAAGAAUCAUUCUCAGUGUUUAGAGCCAUUUUCAGCUGGAUGUGAUACACAUGAUCGAUCGGAUCAGUCGUUCCGUCGAAUAGAAUGAAAACGGGCAUGGAAAAUUUCCUCGGACUCGGAGCAUUCAGAAUCUCAUCGGUGAACGGUGAAUCCACCGUUCGAGCUGCUGAACAGAGUGCUUCAUUCUCCCUCUGGAAUCCCGCGGCUGCUCUCUGGUCUACUGAUCUCCUCUCUGAGCUGUGAUAGUCAAACGUCGUCAUGGAAGGCCGGUAGGUCGGAUCGAAUGAUCUAUCCUCAACAAAGUCCUUGCGCCAUGGAGGCAUAGCUUUCUGACGAAUCAACUCUGUUGCUUCACCUCGGCUGAGCGUUUCUUGAUGUGGAUCAAAAGUCAUCGCUUCGUUUCGCCUGAUCUGCUCACGCCGUGGAUCCAUGUGAAUCGAUCCUUCACGAUCAUCCAUACGACGAAGAUUUGGCGGCAGACCGUCUCGCCGAAUUUCCUCGCGGUGAGGAUUAACUAGAUUGUUUUCAACCUCUUCACCGUGAUGUGCUGCAUCGGUACGUGCACCUUUUUCGCCUACCGGAAGUGGUCGUGGAAUUACUGGAGCUUCUUGACGCUGUAUCUCAUUCCUUAGAUCUGCAUUUUCUCUCCGGAGAGCUUUGAUCAUGUUCAUCAACUCAUCGAGUUUCACUUGCUGGAUGUUCUCAACCGUAUUAGAGUUGUCACCCCCUAUAAUGAUUCCAGAUCGAAGCAAAGGCAUGAAUUACAAACUUCGAAACAGAUCUAAGCGUUACCGAUGCAAACUCCGCUAGAUCUGGGCUUAACUUUACCGAAUCGUGAUCGCUGUUUGUUAGAUCUGAACUUUUCUAGCUUCAAACUCGUCGGAUCUGACUGCAACUGAUCGAAUCGCAAUUGCGUCCUUCCAAAGCAAAUGCCUCAGAAUCCACAAUAAUCAAGAAUUCUCUCGGAGCAAACUACAAUCUCACUGAUUUGGAUUCAACUUCCAGAAGUUACACUGCAUAUUCACAAACUCGAUUGAACUAAUAUGGUACUGAUCGGGCUCGAAUUGAUCUUCGUCCUCGGUUCCCACAGACGGCGCCAAUUGAAGAUACAAUAUUCAGUUUCAUCUCUCUCACUCUACAGUAUUCAGUUUCAUCUCUCUCACUCUUACUUUCUCUUUUCUUUUUCUCUCCCUCCGUCAUGGUCUAUUUAUAGGCCAAGACCCUCUUUUGCAGUUAACCAAUUACAUUGGGCUUAUAGCCCAAAGUUCUCUUCCUUCUGGGCUGGGUCUUGUAAUGGGCUUGACCUUCCUCGGUGGACCCCCCACGUUCGGCCCACUCCAGGGUGCUUUGACAUGGAUCCUUCUUCAAUCAUUCGACCCGAUCUCGUUUCCGCGAUCCAUAUCCGGCCCAUGCCACUUGCCGCAUCCUCAAUAUAUAUAGAGAAAUUGUUUUAUUCUCAGAUAGUCACAUUUUGAUUGUGCACAAC